AUGGAGCUAAACCCAAAAGAGGAGGCAGCCCUUAGGGCCGAAGCUGAACGCCUUCGACGGAUGGCUGUGAUCGGUGUCGCACUUUCCAUCGGCGCCGCAAUCGUUUGUGUUUUGACUGUUCCUUUUGUGUAUAACUAUGUUCAACGGGUCGAGACUGUUCUUCAGGGUGAAGCGGAUUUCUGCAGGGCAAAACGUGAUUCAGUUAUCCGAGAGUUGACAAGAACACAAAAACGAGCGGGUCUCAGGCUGAAGAGAGAAAGCUCAUAUAGUGGAUAUUCUGCAAGCUAUGGAACCUAUGAUUCGGUACCGUUGAUGCAAUACAAAAGUCCAGAAGUCACAGAGCACAAAGAAGAAAGGGUGGAGAAGAAAGAAGAGAACUUCCAGCAAUGCUGUGGUUGUGGGUUUGGAUCUCCAGGAGAACCUGGAUCACCAGGACAAGAUGGUCAUGAUGGAGCUGAUGGACGACCAGGACCUGAUGGAAAUCCGGGAGCUGAUAUGCAUCUUGAUGACACUUAUAACAUGGCUGACCAAUUCUGCUUUGAAUGUCUCCCAGCACCCGCAGGACCACCUGGACCACCAGGACUCAAGGGAAUGCCUGGAAUUCCUGGUAAUCAAGGAGAAAGUGCUGGGCCUGGGAGACAAGGCAUGCCUGGACCAACUGGACCACCAGGACCAAGAGGACCACCUGGAGAAACAGGAGACGAAGGAGAGGGUGGACCAGACGGGAUCCCAAUGGAGCAGAAAUCUCCACCAGGGCCACGUGGACCCCCAGGACCAGCUGGAUCUGAUGGUCCACAAGGACCAGAAGGAAGACCUGGCAGACAAGGACCACCAGGACCAACUGGACAAGAGGGAGAGGAAGGAAUUAUUGGAGAACCUGGAAAGGCUGGAGAACCCGGAAAGCCAGGAGCAGCUGGAGCCCGUGGGCCUUCAGGACCAUGCAAUCACUGCCCAAACCCAAGAACCGCUCCUGGAUACUAA